AUGGCACAUACCGGCCCCAUCACGACGCCGCUCACGACGCUGCUGGGGAUAGAGCACCCGAUUGUGCUGGCGGGUAUGGCACGGACAUCAGGCGGGCCGCUGGCGGCUGCAGUGUCGAACGCGGGCGGCCUAGGCGUCAUCGGCGGCUUCAAGUACACGCCCGACCAGCUGCGGGAGAUCAUUGCGGAGAUGAAGGCCAACUUUGAGCGGCCGGACCUGCCGUUCGGCGUGGACCUGGCCCUGCCGCAGGUGGGCGGGAACGCGCGCAAGACCAACCACGACUACACCAACGGCAAGCUGGAGGAGCUGAUCGACAUCACCAUCUCGAGCGGGGCGCGGCUGUUCGUCAGCGCGGUGGGGGUGCCGCCGCGGCACAUCAUCGAUCGGCUGCACGCGGCCGGCAUCCUGGUGAUGAACAUGGUCGGGCACCCGAGGCACGCCGUCAAGGCGCUCGACAUGGGCGUGGACAUGGUGGCGGCGCAGGGCGGCGAGGGCGGCGGGCACACGGGCGACGUGGCGACGACGGUGCUGAUCCCGGCCGUGGUCGACGUGGCGCGCCGGUACCGGCCGGCGAUGCUGGGCGGCCAGCAGCACGCCCUCGUGCUGGCGGCGGGGGGCAUCUCCAACGGGCGCGCGCUCGCGGCGUCGCUCAUGCAGGGCGCCGCGGGCGUCUGGGUGGGCACCCGGUUCGUCGCCUCCGUGGAGGCCGGGUGCAGCGAGCAGCACAAGCGAGAGGUCGUCAGCUGCGGCUUCGACGACACCGAGCGGACCCUCGUCCUCUCGGGACGGCCGCUGCGCAUGAAGUCCAACGACUACAUCCGCGCCUGGCACGACCGCCCCGACGAGCUGGCCAGGCUGUGCGCCGCCGGCACCGUGCCCAUCGAGCACGACAUCGACCAGGGGAACGACAUUGACGUGCCUCACAUCAUGGGUCAGGUCGCCGGGUCCAUCCACGAGAUACAGCCCGCCGGUGACAUUGUCAGGGACAUGGUGCGGGAGGCGACAGACAUGCUCAAGCUGGGGGCCCAGUACCUUAACAGUCGGAGCAGGCUGUAG